AUGACAGAAGUUGAACAAAAUUCUAGCUCAAAUGCAACAAAUAAACCUAAAUCAAAAAAAUAUCGAAAAGAAAAGCCGUGGGAUACAGACGAUAUAGAUCAUUGGAAAAUUGAACCAUUUUCACGAGAAGAUAAUCGAUUUACAUUCACGGAAGAAUCAUCAUUUGCAACAUUGUUUCCAAAAUACCGCGAAAAGUACUUAAAAGAAGCAUGGCCUCAUGUCACCAAAGCUUUAGAGAAAGGAAUUUUUUGCGUGUUGGAUUUAAUAGAAGGUAGCAUGACAGUGAAGACUACACGAAAAACGUACGAUCCUUAUGCCAUUAUAAAGGCGCGAGAUUUAAUUAAGCUUUUAGCUAGGAGUGUUCCAUUCUCUCAGGCUGUGAAGAUUCUUGAGGAUGGCAUAGCAUGUGAUAUUAUCAAAAUUGGUAAUAUAAUCGGGAAUAAAGAAAUAUUUGUGAAAAGAAGACAAAGAUUAAUCGGGCCAGACGGAUCAACUCUCAAGGCUAUCGAGAUGUUGACCAAAUGUUACGUGAUGGUUCAAGGAAAUACUGUAUCGGCUAUGGGACCAUAUAAGGGACUAAAAGAAGUUAGGAGGAUAGUUAUUGAUUGCAUAAAAAAUAUUCAUCCAAUUUAUCAUAUCAAAGAAUUAAUGAUAAAAAGAGAAUUAGCUAACGAUCCAAAAUUAAAAAACGAAUCUUGGGAGCGUUUUUUACCUCAAUUUAAGAAACAAAAUGUUAAAAGACCAAAGAGAGUUAUUAAAAAGAAGAAAGAAUACACUCCUUUCCCACCUGCUCAAAUUCCAAGCAAGAUUGAUUUGCAAUUGGAAUCUGGUGAAUAUUUCCUUAACCCACAAGAAAAGGUCCUUCAUGAAGCGGAAAAGAAAAAAGAGAAACAAAAAGAGAAUUCGUUGAAACGCAAAACCGAAAGAGAAAAGGCAUUCAUACCACCCGUUGAAGAAAAAGUGAAGAGAAAAAGAAAGAAACAAAAGACAGUUGAAGAAACUGAGUCAUAG